AUGUCUCCCUCCCUUUCAAUACCCAACACCUCUUCUACACCAACUUCGCCAGGGCGUUGGGUAGUCACAGAAUUUGGCAAGCCAUCCGUGCUAAGAUGGGAAGCGUUCGAUCCCACGGCCUCGCUUUCUGCCGGCGGAGUCCUCGUCAGCAUUCUUGUUGCUGGUAUCGCAGGAGUCGACAAUAUACAACGUUGCGGAGGCUACCCUCAUCCGUUGGCAAAAGAUCCUGGGUUCACAACUGGGUAUGACCUUGUGGGCGAAAUCAUAGCGCUGGGUGAUGCUGUGCCAGAAGAGAGAGGACUGGAGAUUGGAGAAAGAGUGGCGGCAUUGAGUAUCAUUGGUGCGCACGCUACACAUAUCGUGCUACCCUAUGAAGAAGUCAUGAAGCUGGACAAGCAUGACGAUCCACUAAAGAUAUGUGCACUGCCGCUGAAUUACAUGACAGCAUGGGGCAUGCUGAAGCACAGUGGUGUGGAUUUAGCGCCCGGCUCGAGCAUCUUGAUUGGGAGUGCAAGUGGAGGACUGGGUACGGCUGUUGCGCAGCUUGUCGCGGCGUUCGAUAUGGGUAUCAAGAUGAUCGGAACAUGUUCGCCGAGCAAGUUUGAAUAUGUCCGCUCGUUGGGUGUGGUGCCGCUGGAUCGAAGUGCUCCAGAUCUUGUUAAACAAGUUCAUGCACUGACAGACGGGAAAGGAGUUGACGUUGCAUAUGAUGGCGUUUGCAAUGAAAAGACUGCACACGACUUCCUCGCAGCAACCAAGCAAGAUGUUGGCAAAGUAGUUGUCUUUGGAGCCAUGGGAAGUAUUGCUGAUGAUGGGAGCAAGAUGUUGGGAAGCAUCGAUGAACUGUUUGCAGCACUGUUGCAACCUCCACGAGUGAGAUUCUGGUCGCUGGACAUAGAGUUCCCAAAGAAGAAAGAAGUGGCGGAGUUUUAUGCCGUAGUGGAAAAAGUAAGAGAGGGGAAAUUAGAUCCCGUUGUUGCGAAGCUGUUGAGACUGAGCGACGCAGUGGAAGCGCAUGAGCUCCUUAUCAACGGGAGUGCGAUCAAAGGGAAGAUGCUGUUUGUGGUAGAUGAAGAGUUGGCCAAGUUCUACGGCGUAUGA